AUGGCGCCCUCAACAAACGCGCCGUCGCCUCUGAUGCCGAGGUCACCUUCAAACAUAAAUGCAAACUUGUCACCAUCAAGAGCUAAGUCGCUUGCCAUGAGGAAAUCAAUAUCCAAACCUCAAUCUUCAGCACCGGGCCCACUGGCCCAGAGACCGCCUCCGGAUUUCGACAUGGCUGAACAAAUGAAUGAAGAUAUCAGCAACAAGUAUGUCAAAGGGAAAAAGCUGGGCGAGGGAACUUACGCUAUUGUCUAUAAAGGACAUUUGAGAUCAGAUCCGACCAGACUUGUGGCCAUCAAAAAGUUCAAAGUUGACCCUUCGCAGCAGAGGGAAGGGCUCAAUGUGGAUACGAUACGCGAGAUCAAAUACCUCCAGGAAAUCUCACAUCCAAGCAUCGUUGCCUUGUUAGACGUAUUUUCCUCCAAAGACCAAAACAUCAACAUGGUCAUCGAGUACUUCCCUAAUGGCAAUCUAGAAGAACUCAUCCGUGACAAGACAGUGAGUUACGGCGCAGCCGAUGUCAAGGCGUGGAUGGGCAUGCUGUGUCGCGCGAUAUACUAUUGCCACUCCAACUUCAUCUUGCAUCGAGAUAUCAAACCAAAUAACUUGCUUAUUGCCGCGGACGGAGAGGUGAAACUGGCAGAUUUUGGCCUGGCACGAUCGUUUGGUGACCCGAGGUAUCAGAUGACGUCCGCAGUGAUCACGCUCUGGUAUCGUCCUCCAGAAUUGCUGUUUGGCGCGAGACAAUACAGUGGUGCAGUCGAUAUCUGGAGUAUUGGGAUGGUCUUUGCCGAACUACUCAUUCGGAGGCCGUAUGCAGCAGCAGAUGUGGCAAACCAAGAAGUGCUAGCAACAGGUGGGGGAACGGUCGCACAACUCGACAAAAUAUGCGAAGCGGUCGGGACACCGAACGAAGAGAAUUGGCCAGGAGUCUCCAAGCUGAGGGACUAUUUCGAGCUUGACAAGAAGAUUCCAGUCCGCGAAAAGCCGUUCUACAUGCAAAUGUUUCCAACAGCAGGGUCUAUUGGCGUCGAUCUGCUCAUGGCGAUGCUGAAACUUGAUCCACGAAAGAGAGUGACGGCAAGAGGAGCCCUGGAGCAUGAAUGGUGGAGGAUCGAUCCCAGACCUACCAGCAAGGAGAAUCUCCCGAAGCAAGGCGGCGGUGAUUCCAAGAUGGCUGCUGCGGAAGUGGCGGCCCCGGGAUUUGUCGUUGACGAGAACAAGUUCAAGGGCGUCGCGAAGAAGCUUGAUUUCGGAGCCACCCAGUCAAAAUGA